CUCAAACAGCAGAGUAACAGCUUGGGCGGGCAGUGAUCAAAAGUGUCGCAACACUCAUUUUCACAUUCAUUUACAAUAAUUGUGAAUACACAAAGUAUUCAUUUGUGAUCUGUCGCAUAGGUGACCGGAACAAGUCGUAUAGAGAAGAAUAUUAAUCUGUCAAGUGUGCCAAAAGAAUUUUGUGGAAUUUUUGGCUUGGCUACUGUACUGUGCUGAACUUGUGUGUCGAGUAUUAAAAAACUCAUAAAUUGAAAAAGAAGACGCGAAAGACAUAUCAACAGAUCGGUAUACUAUAUAGACCAACGGCUACAGUUAGCAUCGACAACAUUCCAUAUUUCAAUUAUAAUUACCCCAUAUAUAUGGCGCGAAGCAGCUGCCACUGCUGCGCAUUUGACUUCAACUUCGUCGCAGCGACAGUCGACUGCGAUUCUAUGGAAAUACAGAUGAUAUCUUUGCCAGCCACAAUACAGAGCUGAAUUUGCCAGGAGCCAAUUACAAUCAAAUAGGAUUCAAGUUCCUGUGCCAAACAACUUAACAUAGUAUUUGCAAAAUGAGUGCCCAGAUUCGGAGUAGACAAAUCUCGCUAUGUCUGCUGCUGUUGUUGGCCCUGUGCCUGGACUGGCAAAUGGUUUUGGCACGCACACGUGAUCUGUGCCAGGUGAAGCCCAGCACGAGCAGCCUCUGUGUGCCGACCACACUGGGCAUCUACUAUGAUGAGGAGACCCAGCACUGCCACUACAUGGGUUGCAGCAACAAGCGACUCUUUGGCUCGCUCGAAGAUUGCGAAAAGAUAUGCAACAAUGCGCGACACAUCAAGCGGCGCAAUAACGUGGCCAGCAGCAAAACCAAUCAAACAACUAAUUGAAUAUAAGCACUUACAAUAGCA